AUGAGAUCGUUUGCCCUAUCCGCUCAUCACCGCUCUGCGAUCACGCCGAGAAUUGAUCUGAAAGGUGCCGGACCGAACGGCGGGAGAGCGGAGGGCCGCGCAGGCACCGGUCCCCGGGUGGAGGGCCUAGAUCGAGAGGAUGUGCAGCGCAAAAGAUCGUGGGGUGUUCAGCCGCAAUGCGAGGGUGUGCUUUUGCCAGCUUCCGACCUCGGCAUAGCCCCUGGAGAAGCCAGUUGCCCCAUCUCUCUGUCUUCCAAUGAGGUUCAAAAGUCCACGACGAGUGUGGAUGAGACGCCGAAAGCUCGCGCCUUCCCAGCACAUGCGCACCCCCGGCCGCCCCUCCUUCUAGAACAUGUGCAGAUCUACCUCCCCGAUCGGGAUAGCAACCAUAAUGUCGGAUAUUCGAUAGUGCCAUUCUUGUUGAACUUCUUUUAA